UGAUGCUAUAAGCGAAGAGCAAGCAGCCUGCAGGAAUGGUUGUUGUGGAGUUUGUUUAGCCCAUCGGCGUAGCAGACAUUCACGUAUUUACUGCCUGGACUGACUCCGCUUACCUGUUAUCUCUCAACCGAUGAAGUACGCUAGCGAAGAUGGGUGGCACAGUUCCCGGCCGCAGUCUAGCCCGACACUUCUGCAUCAGCCGUCAAGUCAGCACUGUGGGGCAGGGGCAUGGGUCAGCAGACCUAGAGUGGGAGGGGAGAUUGGGGGGGCAGUAGUCACGACACCCAGACUGGCCACUGUCGAAAUGACAAGACUGGAAUCGGAGCGCAUCGAAAUUCUCGAGGGCGGUGAGGGUAUGGUGAAAGCAGAGAAGCCAGCUGGCCCUGACGACGAUGACCUCACUUCCCUCACGUGGCUGCAAGACAAGAACCUCCUCAAGGGAAUGAACCUGCGUACGGCGAGCAAUGCCGGGGCGCAGGGCUCCCCGACGAGCGACUACGUGGACGAGGGCAGCUGCUGCUCAACCGGAGAGCCCCCUGCCAGCGACUCGAGCGGCUGCUCCUCCAGUGGGCGCUCGCCUGCCAGUCCCGGCUCCGCCAUUGCCGUAGCUGCCACCGCCACUGCCACGGGCACCACCCCCGGCACCACACCCGUAACGGGUGCAGCCGCUGUCGCUGUGAUGGCUGCCCGCGGCAAGCAUCCGCAGCAUGUCCCCUAUGACCCUCUGGUUCACGUUAAUUCCAAACCCCCUUAUUCCUUUUCCUGCCUCAUCUUCAUGGCGAUCGAGGACUCUCCGGGCCACGCGCUACCGGUGAAGGAGAUCUAUGCUUGGAUACUGGAUCACUUCCCGUACUUCAAGAAUGCACCCACUGGAUGGAAGAAUAGUGUGCGGCACAAUCUCUCUCUCAACAAGUGCUUCCGGAAGGUCGAGAAGGCUCCAAAUUUGGGUAAAGGUUCCCUGUGGAUGGUUGACCCGAUGUACCGACCGAACCUCGUGCAGGCACUUGCGAAGUCGCCCUUCCAUCCGUACAGCACCAUUGUCAGCAGAACUGCUUCUGUGAAUAGCAGUCCGGGCUCCGGUUCGCUGCCGAGCACCCCUGCGAAGGCACCGCCGUCCCCCGGCCGCGCGGUUCGUCAGCAGUCUCCCCCAGCCACUGCCGCAAGUAGCAGUGGGAAUGGCAGUGGCGGCGGCAGCAGUGGCGGCAGCAGCAACAGCAGCAGCAUCAGCACUGGCAGUGCCAACAGCAACAACAACAGCACCGGCACCAACAGCAACAGCAGCACCACCAGCAAUACCAGCACCAGCACCAGCGUCAGUCCGGCCAGUGCCAACAACAACAACAACAACAACAACAACAAUAAUAACAACAGCAACAACAACAACAACAACAACAACGUUCCCGACCCGACGCUUUUCCCGUUUCUCAGUCGUCGACUCGCACUGAGCACCACCCCACAGUCGGGAUCCCCCCCGCCGUCGCAACCCUCCGCCCAAGUGAGCCGCGACGACAGCCUCGACGAUGUGGAUGCUGCGGCGGCGAUGCUAGCUCUGAAGCACGCGCACCUCCGUAUACCGCGCAGAGAUGACUGGUACAAAAGGCUGCGCGAAGAAACCUCUGAAGCUGUAGGACUUCGCAAGAAAAUGAGAGUAUCGUCUAGACCCGGCCAGACGGAAGAGCGAAUGGUGAUCACGACGUCGCCGAGUGAGGACCACACGUACAGUGCCGCCCUCAACCUCUCGGCCCGCUCCUCUGGAACUGUCGCCGUGUCGACUACGCCUGCAGGCCCUCACGGGCCCCACGCCCCGCCUUCCACGACUUCCUCGCCGGACGAGGCUUUCGAGGAAGGUUCUGACUCUGAUGACGGAACUGACGGAAAAAACACUCGACUGGGUCGCGGAGCGACUGUCGACACCGUACCGUUGGUGACGUCUGCACACCGCAUCCUCUACAACCACCAGGAUCGAGGAGACACCUCGGACGAGGAGCGGCGCAAGAUCGCGGAAGGUGCUGAUGCCCUCCUCAACUUGGCCGGGAUUCGCACUGAUGGAGGAGCACUCUCCCCUCCCACCUCACUCGUGGCACCGAGCCCUGCUCCACUGCCACUGCAGAACCCAGCUCCGGCACCACAGACGACUCAGCCUCCGCCUUCUUCAGUGUAUUCUGGCCCGAGGAGCAGGCGCCGCAAGAAACCGCCUCCGCCAUCAUCACGGGCCAUUGCAACCCAGAAGUACCAGCACCACCGUUCCUCGUCGGGACACGGGAGUGGUUCGCACGGAGAGAAGAGGGGUAGUGGCUCCUCCACCACUUCCCGGAGGUAGGGCCACUCGCACCGUGGCUAUAGUGCGGUAGUGGCCACUCAGAGUGGCGUGUCAGCUCCCUGGGCGUUUUGAGAAAGUUCGCGUAUAGCGAGUUGGAACCACCUGGGUCGUACACGGACCGAGGGAGAAAAAAACGUGAGUCCACUUUUUUCAUGGUUGUGUGGGGGCUUGACCGGUCUUUCCAAUUUUGUUUUCAUACAUGCCUUCUCGUAAUCUGCCGUCUCUUCUUUCUCAGAAAAAUACUGCUUAUUGGCUUGUGUUACGCUGCACACGACUUUAGCAGAAUAAAGCAAUUCAUAACACUUUGACUUAAUGGGAUUUGCUCAUUCAGUUAACUCUUAACCAAAGAAUUUGGUUGCCCUGUUUAAAAUUUGGCUUUCUUACCUCUGUUCUUGUGUGAUGCAUUUAUCUCAUGCAUUCAAAACAGUAAUGAGAUUCCCAUUCAAUUAAUAUAUGAGGAAUAUAAUGGCUUUCAGUUAGCGGAUUGAUACAAGGUUUCCUAGUAUCAAAAAACAAAAUAAUUUUGUCUCAAUUGUUUUCAGAACAUACUUCCAAUUGGUUUAAUAACUUUCUUGUACACAUGCAUGUGCAGUUAGAUGCCAGUUACAU